CUUGCUGAUGCUUUUUUGUUCCGCCUAGAAGCUACAAGAACCUUUACUAAAAGGUGGCACGAGGACAGGUGGAAGUCUUAGAGUUUUAAAUUUUGUGACUUUUUGUUGAAACGCGAAGCAAAAGCUGAACGCGACGACCCCGUACUAAGCUGGACAAACAGCAAGGACGGCAUGCAUGAAUAUUAGCAUCAAGACAAUGAAGAUAACGCCGUCUCAAAUGGACAUGUUCGGUCGGUGCCUCGUUAUCAUCUAACGACUCGUUUCCAUCUCAGAGAUUGCUUCGCGAGGGAGUGGGAGUGCUUGUCCGAAAAAUAAGACUCUCGACAUCCACGAAAGCAAUUGACAAAACAAAAUGUCGGCUUAUUGCAUUGAGCUGUGCCAGAAGUUUCAGGUAGACCCAUCAACAUCAAGAUUAGCUACGUUGCACUUUGAUAUUAUUCGUGACGAGAUAAGUUCAGGUUCUUGUUGUUGUAAACGUACCAAGUUGUUCCCGUGCAUCACCUUGUUGUUGUAAACCUACUUUUCUUUAAUCGUGUGCAUCAGUAUCCUCCUAAAGAAGUUCCUGUGCCUCUGCAUCCUACUAAAAUAAGUGAAACCAAAUAAAUAACGAUUAUCAAUCUUCAUUAUCCUCUUCUGCAGGUAAGCAGUGUCCACCAGCUUACUUGGUCACAUGGCUGUAACUCCCGAGAAAAGUUGAGGGCUGCGCUGAACAGCGAUGUUCAUUUGAUCGAGGCAGAUGUCAUGCUCGGCACUUAUGACGACGUGGACGAACCUUCCAAAACUACGAGCACUAUGGGAGCCUUCUUCAGUACGAGUACAACUACUAGAACAAGAAACCCAAUUCCCGGAGGUGGUGACUAUGAUCCUAGUGUUGAAGUUCUUGAUGCUCCUAUGGGCAGCAGAGCCGCACCCGCAGUUGGUUCUUCAUCGACUCGAGCAAUUGCAUCUUCUUCCAUCUCUCCACGGGCAGCUCAGACAACAACACAGCAGAACCCACCACGAGGAGGCGCAAGUGGUAUGGGUGGUUCUACACAUAGCGCUCUGGGCGACCGCACAACCUAUUUUAGCGCGACUGGAGCUUAAGACAAAGACUGGUGGUGGGGUGUUGAUAAUUGAACUGGAAUAAUAAAGAUUAAGAUAAUUGAUUCAACUUGAACUUGUUACCGCAGUGGAGAAGGAUAGAAAUACUCUAUGAUAAAAAUCGCCUUUCGUCGUGGUGUAGCUGAUGUUGGUAGUCAUUUCUUUAGAAGUAUGAUGUAAGUUUAAUCACAACGAGCGAGAACAUAAGCAACUGGUGAAAAAUGGCUUCAACAAGACCUGUUUUCGCGAACUAUCACUACCUAGAACUAUUCGUUCUGGAGCUCCUAGUUCUGGAACUGGAUCGUCCAUGUCAUAAUGAAAAUCAAAAGAUAUAGACACCCACACCCUCCUCUAAGUAUGCGGUCGAAUUAUGGGAGGUGCGGGAUCGCUUUCUCCUGUAGCCGCUCUCAACCGGAGCCGCGCGCAACAGAAUCACAUGCGGUCGGGGGAAGGUAGCAGCGAGAAUCCUGUUCCUGGUGCACCUGAAGAUGAGGUGGAGCAAGGUAAUGAAAAUGAAACCACGACCACUGGAGCUACUAGUACAAGUCCACGUCCACCUCUUCCUCUUCCUAGAACAGGUUCCUACACUGUAGGUGGAUCCGCCCCUUCAAAUGCAUCGUCGAAAGCAGGAGAUUUGAUUC